AUGUGGGGGCCAUGGGGUCGCGGCAUCUUGAGAUCCGUCCACAGACGAGGAGUCAAACCUCUGGGCCUGCCCGGUGUAAUCCUUCCGGUGUUGCUCGCGCGAGCAGUACGACGAUGGCGCUCGAACGAGGUACUACCAGACGGCAGCCUCCCCAAGAUCCUCCUGCGUGAUUAUCAGGAAGACUGCAUACAGUCGGUCCUCGACUCCCUGGAGAAUGGGCACAAAAGGCUUGGCAUAUCCCUCGCCACAGGUGCCGGCAAGACCGUCAUUUUCACCCAGUUGAUUGACCGGGUGCAGCCGGUAUCUCCAUCCGCCACCCAGACUUUGAUUCUGGCCCAUAGGCGAGAGUUGGUCGAGCAGGCCGCUCGCCACUGCACCCGUGCCUACCCCGACAAGACGGUUGAGAUUGAGAUGGGCUCGCUGCACGCAUCAGGGGCCGCGGACAUCACCAUUGCCAGUGUGCAGUCCAUCAUCUCGGGAGACCGCAUUGCCAAAUUUGACCCGAGCCGGUUCAAGCUUGUUCUUGUUGACGAGGCCCACCAUAUCGUGGCUCCCGGCUACCUGAAAACACUGGGACAUUUUGGACUCGAAAGCAAGCGGGAAGACUCGCCACAUCUCGUCGGCGUUUCUGCUACGUUUUCCCGGUUCGACGGCCUUCGCCUCGGGACGGCUAUCGAUGAGAUUGUCUAUCACAAGGACUAUGUUGACAUGAUCAAGGACAACUGGUUGUCUGAUGUGACCUUUACUACAGUCGAAUCAUCAGCAGAUGUUUCCCGAGUCAAGAGCCAAGGCGACUUUAACGCUGCCCAGCUAUCCCGAGCAGUCAACACAGAUCAAGUCAAUGAGAUCACGGUUCGCAGCUGGCUGGCCAAGGCCAACGGUCGCAAGUCAACAUUGGUGUUCUGUGUGGAUCUUGCGCACGUUGCUGGCCUAACCCAGAAGUUCAGAGACUAUGGCAUUGACGCUCGUUUUGUCACCGGUGACACGCACAAGGUGGAGAGGAGCGAUUGCCUCGAGGCCUUCAAGAGGAGGGAGUUUCCGGUCCUGGUCAACUGCGGUGUAUUCACCGAGGGAACAGACAUACCCAACAUCGACUGCGUGGUUCUGGCUCGUCCAACCAAGUCUAGGAAUUUGCUUGUUCAGAUGAUUGGAAGAGGAAUGAGGCUGCACCCCGAGAAGGAUGACUGCCAUGUCAUUGAUAUGGUAUGCAGUCUUGAGACCGGUGUUGUCACCACCCCAACCUUGUUCGGCCUCGAUCCUGGCGAGCUGGUCAACAACGCCUCUGUUGACGAGUUGCGCAAGAUAAAAGACCGACAAGCGGCAGAAAAUGCGAGGGCCGCACAAGUCUACGACCACCAGAGGUCUGACGGGGUUGUGGAUGUAAAGAAAGUUACUUUUACAGAGUACAGCUCUGUCAUGGACCUCAUAGCCGACACCUCGGACGAGAAACACAUCAGAGCCAUCAGCCAGUAUGCAUGGGUCGGAGUUGGGUCGGAAAAGUACAUCUUGGCUGGACCUACUGGGACCUAUCUGAGGUUGGAGCGUACAAUCGAGAGCGGAGAAGGUCCGGCACCUUUUCGACUCUAUGAAAUCCGGGCGUUGCCCCCGGGCGUGGCCAAGUCGCCCUUUGCAGCUCCUCGUGAAAUCGCCAAAGCUACGACGUUCAGCGAUGCGGUGCACGCAGGGGACAAGUAUGCAUCUGAGAUAUUCCCUCACAGCUUUGUGUCAAGAUCCCAACGCUGGCGAAAUAGCCCACCCACCGCUGGCCAGCUGAAGUUCCUUAACAAGCUCAGAGGCAAGGCAGAAGAGCUGACGGAAGAUGAUGUUACCAAAGGCCAGGCCAUGGAUAUGAUCACCAAGCUGAAGCACGGAGCUCGUGGACGGUUUGCAGGCCUGGAGGCUGACAGGCGUCGCAGAGAGAGGCAAAGCAUUGUUCUAGAGCGAGAGCAGGCGAGGAGACAAGGAGAGCACAUCACGGUCGGACCUGUCGUCAUGUAG